AUGUCACCACCUCUGCGGGCCCUCUUUCUUCUGGCCCUGGGCCUGGGGCUGGCUGGAACCCUCAACCCCAAGGACCCCAACACCUGCAGCUUCUGGGAAAGCUUCACCACCACAACCAAGGAGUCACACUCCCGCCCCUUCAGCCUGCUCCCCUCGGAGCCCUGUGACCGGCCCUGGGAGAGCCCGCACACCUGCCCCCGGCCCACGGUUGUCUACCGGACCGUGUACCGCCAGGUGGUGAAGACGGAGCACCGAAUGCGCCUGCAGUGCUGCCGGGGCUUCUAUGAGAGCAGUGGAGCCUGUGUCCCAUCCAUGUCUGGUCCUUACGUGAGGAACCCCGCCUGCCCAUUUCCCAACAAGGUGCUUCCAGAAUUUCACAGAAAGGAGCUCGGGACGCUUUGUGCUCGGGAGUGUGUUCAUGGCCGCUGCGUGGCACCCAAUCAGUGCCAAUGUGUACAAGACUGGCGGGGCGACGACUGCUCCAGCGCUUGUGCCCUGGGAGUUUGGGGGCCACAGUGUGACAAGCCCUGCAACUGCGGCAACAGCAGCUCCUGUGACCCCAAGAGUGGGGCAUGUUCCUGUCCCUCUGGGCUGCAGCCUCCACACUGCUUUCGGCCCUGCUCCCCUGGCCGCUAUGGCCCUGCUUGCCAGUUCAGCUGCCAGUGCCAUGGGGCACCCUGUGACCCACAGACCGGAGCCUGCUUCUGCCCCCCCGAGAGAACUGGGCCCAGCUGCGAGGUGUCCUGUUCACAGGACAGUGUUGGUUUCUCCUGCCCCAGCACCCCUCCUUGCCAAAACGGGGGUGUCUUCCAGGCCUCUCGGGGCUCCUGCAGCUGCCCACCUGGCUGGAUGGGCACCAUCUGUUCCCUGCCCUGCCCCGAGGGCUCCUAUGGACCCAACUGCUCCCAGGAAUGUCGCUGUCACAACGGAGGCCUCUGCGACCGGUUCACUGGGCAGUGUCGCUGCGCUCCGGGAUACACAGGGGACCUGUGCCGUGAGGAGUGCCCCGUGGGCCGCUUCGGGCAGGACUGUGCUGAGACUUGCGACUGCGCCACGGGCGCCCGCUGCUUCCCGGCCAACGGCGCGUGUCUGUGCGAGCACGGCUUCACUGGGGACCGCUGCGCCGAACGUCUCUGCCCCGACGGCCUCUACGGCCUCAGCUGCCAGAUGCCCUGCACCUGCGACCCGGAACACAGUCUCAACUGCCACCCGAUGAGCGGGGAGUGCUCUUGCCUGCCGGGCUGGGCGGGCCUCCACUGCAACGAGAGCUGCCCGCAGGACACGCACGGGCCCGGCUGCCAGGAGCACUGCCUCUGCCUGCACGGCGGCGUCUGCCAGCCCGACAGCGGCCUCUGCCGGUGCGCGCCCGGCUACACGGGCCGGCACUGCUCUAGCCUCUGUCCGCCUGACACCUAUGGAGUCAACUGCUCCGCACGCUGCUCCUGCGAAAAUGCCAUCGCCUGCUCGCCCAUCGACGGCGCCUGCGUCUGCAAGGAAGGUUGGCAGCAUGGUAACUGCUCCGUGCCCUGCCCGCCUGGAACCUGGGGCUUCGGUUGCAAUGCCAGCUGCCAGUGUGCCCACGAGGCAGCCUGCAGCCCCCAAACAGGAGCCUGUACCUGUACCCCUGGGUGGCACGGGACCCACUGCCAGCUCCCCUGCCUGAAGGGGAUGUUUGGUGAAGGCUGUGCAAGCCACUGUGACUGUGACCAUUCUGAUGGCUGCGACCCUGUUCACGGACACUGCCAGUGCCAAGCUGGCUGGACAGGUACCCGCUGCCACCUGCCCUGCCCUGAGGGCUUCUGGGGAGCCAACUGUAGCAACACCUGUACCUGCAAGAAUGGGGGCACCUGCAUCCCUGAGAAUGGCAAUUGUGUGUGUGCACCUGGAUUCCGAGGCCCCUCCUGCCAGAGAUCCUGUCAGCCCGGCCGCUACGGCAAACGCUGUGUGCCCUGCAAGUGUGCUAACCACUCCUCCUGCCACCCUUCGAAUGGGACCUGCUACUGCAUGGCUGGCUGGACAGGCCCUGACUGCUCCCAACCGUGCCCUCUAGGACACUGGGGGGCCAACUGUGCCCAGCUCUGCCAGUGUCGCCAUGGCGGGACCUGCCACCCCCAGCAUGGGAGUUGUUUCUGCCCCCCAGGCCGGACCGGACAUCUCUGCUUGGAAGGCUGCUCUCCAGGGGUGUUCGGUGCCAAUUGUUCCCAACCAUGCCAGUGUGGUCCCGGAGAGAGGUGCCACCCAGAGACUGGGGCCUGUGUGUGUCCCCCAGGACACAGUGGUGCCCCCUGCAGGAUUGGAAGCCAGGAGCCAUUCACCAUGAUGCCUACCUCUCCAGUGGCCUAUAACUCACUCGGGGCAGUGACUGGCAUCGCAGUGCUGGGAUCCCUGGUGGUGGCCCUGGUGGCGCUGUUCAUUGGCUACCGCCAUUGGCAGAAAGGCAAAGAGCACCAACACCUGGCAGUGUCCUACAGCAGCGGGCGGCUGGAUGGCUCUGAGUACGUCAUGCCAGAUGUCCCUCCGAGCUACAGUCACUACUACUCCAACCCCAGCUACCACACCCUGUCUCAGUGCUCACCUAACCCCCCGCCCCCUAACAAGGUUCCAGGCAGUCAGCUCUUUGGCAGCCUCCAGGCCCCUGAGCGGCCAGGUGGAGCCCACGGGCAUGAUAACAACCACGCCACACUGCCUGCUGACUGGAAGCACCGCCGGCAGCCCCCUCCAGGGCCUCUGGACAGGGGUAACAGCCGCCUGGACCGAAGCUACAGCUGUAGCUACAGCAACAGGAAUGGCCCAGGCCCCUUCUACAGUAAAGGGCCCAUCUCUGAAGAGGGGCUGGGGGCCAGCGUGGCUUCCCUGAGCAGUGAGAACCCCUACGCCACCAUCCGGGACCUGCCCAGCCUGCUAGGGAGCCCCCGGGAGAGCAGCUACAUGGAGAUGAAAGGCCCUCCCUCAGGAUCUCCCCCCAGGCAGCCGCCUCAGCUCCAGGACAGCCAGAGGCGGCGACACCCCCAGCCAGAGAGAGACAGUGGCACCUAUGAGCAGCCCAGCCCCCUGACCCAUGACCGAGACUCUGUGGGCUCCCAGCCCCCUCUGCCUCCGGGCCUGCCUCCUGGCCACUAUGACUCACCCAAGAACAGCCACAUACCUGGACACUAUGACUUGCCUCCAGUACGGCAUCCCCCGUCACCCCCACUUCGGCACCAGGACCGUUGA